GCCGACAGAGUCGAGGAAGUAAAACAAAAAGAGAAUAUGAACAAAGUAGAAGCGCCAUGUCGACCCGCCGCCUCUCUCAAAUUCACCAUUGACAGCAUCUUAAACCUGAAGACGAGCGGGAGGAGCCGCGAUAGUUGUCACCCGGCAGGACUGCAGGAUGAACUGGCCACGGCGAUGCGUAAAGAUGCUUUCCAGAGCCACCACGAGGAGAAAGGAGCCGCGCAGAGGCAGGACGCGGACAGCAGGCUCGCGGAAAGCGACUUGAUGACAGACCGGAGCAGAGCCGCGGAGUCGGUCAUCAUCAGCCAGCGGAAGGCGGCGGAGGCGCGCUUCGAGAGCGGCGACAGCAGCUGCGACGACAGCGGCUCCACCACCGCGGCCACGGACCCGCACAAAGGAGGCAGCCCGGGCAAAAAGAGCAAGAUGAUCACCAAAAAGAAAACUCGCACUAUUUUUUCCAAGAGACAGAUCUUCCAGUUGGAGUCUACCUUCGACAUGAAACGCUAUCUGAGCAGCGCGGAGCGCGCCUGCCUCGCCAGUUCCCUGCAGCUGACGGAGACGCAGGUGAAAAUAUGGUUUCAGAACCGCAGGAAUAAAUUGAAACGGCAGAUAUCGACUGAAAUCGACGGACCAGUGAGUGAUUUUCCCGAGACCGGGAAGCCCGUGGUGGUGGGCCAGCUCCCGGCCUUGUACAAGGAGAGCAACCUGCUGGGCAGAUGCCUGCUGCCCAUGCCUCUGCCCGUGGUGUACCCGGGCAGCAGCACGCCUUACCUCUGCUUCUCCAACGCCAGCAAGUACUUCAGCCUGUACGAAGCGGACGUAUGAUGGUUUGAACUUCCCACGUCGUGAGAGAGACACUUCUGGUGGUCUGUUGCCAACCCUCAAGCAUUUCAA